CAGAGAGAGUGACAACACACAGUACAGCGCAGAGAGCGCGAUUUUUCCGCAAUCACAUUCUCGUCUCUCAUCUUUUGGCAUCCUCCAAACUGUCCAUUGAUUCCAUUCACAAGUUUUGUAUCGAAACCUGCAAAGCUGCUGCUAUCUAUUUGAUCUUCCUACUCCCACGAGAAUUCUUCAGCACAUAUUUAUACUUUGAUUUAUUUCUGAAUUAUUUUCCUCUGUGAUAUUUCCCACUAGCUCAUGCGUUGUGUUGUGUGACGGUGCCAGUGAGGAUGAAGUAUUGAAAAUUUCGUGAAAUUUUCCAUUGAUCGUCAGCGGAAAAUUCUGGCAUUGUUUUGAGCAGUGUCUGUAGUUGUUUUGAAUGGGAAUGCUUGCCACAUAAAUGGGACGCAGAAUGACAGCCAUUGAGACGUUGUUGGGUGAUGCGUGUGGAUGAAAGCAGGAGGAACCCACUGCGCAGGACCAGUUGUUGCAUCGGACGACACUGGUUAGAGCAGGGUUCGCGGCCGUGCUGCUGGGGGGUUGGUCCUGAUAAAUGCCAGGGGCGAUGCUGCCACAAGGACCGCCGGGCACUGUACAGAACUAUUAUACAGGCGAGCAGAAACCAUUGGCCAUGACGGUUGGUGGUCUAGCGGAGCUGGCGCACCGGGAAUAUUUGGCGGGGAACUAUGAGGACGCGGAGAAGCACUGUAUGCAGCUGUGGAAGCAGGAUCCGAAUAAUACGGGCGUGCUGCUCUUGUUGAGCUCCAUCCACUGGCAGUGCCAGCGUUAUGAAAAAUCGGCGCAGUACAGCCAGCUGGCCAUCAAGGCCAACCCGAUGCUGGCCGAGGCCUACUCCAACCUGGGCAAUGUGUACAAGGAGCGCGGCCAGCUGCAGCAGGCGCUGGACAGCUACCGGCACGCCGUCCGCCUCAAGCCCGACUUCAUCGACGGCUACAUCAAUCUGGCCGCGGCGCUGGUCAUUGCCGGGGAUAUGGAGGGCGCCGUGCAGUCCUAUCUGCAGGUGCUGCAGAUUAAUCCGGAUUUGUACUGCGUGCGAAGUGAUCUGGGCAAUCUUCUCAAGGCUCUAGGGCGUGUGGAGGAAGCCAAGCAAUGUUAUCUCAAAGCCAUUGAAAGCGCGCCGAAUUUUGCGGUGGCCUGGAGUAAUCUGGGAUGCGUAUUUAAUACUCAGGGAGAAAUCUGGCUGGCCAUACACCACUUUGAGAAGGCGGUGCAGCUGGAUCCCAAUUUUCUGGAUGCGUAUAUUAAUCUGGGCAAUGUUCUCAAGGAAGCGCGCAUAUUUGAUCGCGCCAUUGCAGCAUAUUUUCGUGCUCUAUCUCUCAACUCUAAUCAUCCUGUUGUACAUGGAAAUCUCGCUUGUGUUUAUUAUGAACAAGGUCUGAUUGAUCUGUCCAUUGAAACGUAUAAGCGUGCCAUAGAAUUACAGCCCAACUUCCCCGAUGCCUACUGCAAUCUGGCCAAUGCGCUCAAGGAAAAAGGCAUGGUCCCGGAAUCGGAAGAGUGCUACAAUACCGCGCUGCGCUUAUGCCCCAGCCACGCCGACUCCCUGAACAAUUUAGCCAAUAUUAAGCGUGAACAGGGCCACAUCGACGAGGCCAUCCGGCUGUACUACAAAGCCCUGGAGGUUCUCCCGGACUUCGCGGCCGCCCACUCCAAUCUGGCCUCGGUGCUGCAGCAGCAGGGCAAACUGCAGGACUCCAUCGCGCAUUAUAAGGAGGCCAUCCGCAUCUCGCCCACCUUCGCCGAUGCCUACUCGAAUAUGGGGAAUACGCUGAAGGAGAUGGGCGAUAUCCCGGGAGCCAUUCGCUGCUACACGCGCGCCAUCAAUAUUAACCCGGCAUUCGCCGAUGCCCACAGUAAUCUAGCCAGUAUCCAUAAAGAUACAGGGAAUAUUACGGAAGCGGUGGCCAGCUACCGGACGGCGCUGAAGCUGAAGCCGGACUUCCCGGAUGCCUACUGCAAUCUGGCGCAUUGCCUGCAGAUUGUGUGUGAUUGGGGGGAUUACGAGGGACGGAUGAAGAAGGUGGUGAUGGUGGUGAUGGAGCAGCUGGGCAAGGGACGUCUGCCCAGCGUCCACCCGCACCACAGUAUGCUCUACCCGCUGACGCAUGAUGCCCGUCGCGCGAUUGCCAGUAAACAUGCGCAGCUCUGUGUUGACAAGGUGAAUAUGAACAGGGUACCGACAUUCCAGUAUCCACGGGGAUUGAUCGGGGGUCGUUUGCGUGUCGGCUACGUUAGCUCAGACUUCGGUAACCAUCCCACAUCGCAUCUGAUGCAGAGCAUACCCGGGAUGCAUGAUAAAAAUCGAGUGGAGAUCUUUUGCUACGCCCUGAGCCCCGACGACCAGACCACGUUCCGCUCCAAGAUCGCCCGCGAAGCCGACCACUUCACCGACCUGUCCAGCGACCCGGACCCGGUGAAGGCGGCCGAGGCCAUCAACCGCGACGAGAUCCACGUGCUGAUCAACAUGAACGGCUACACCAAGGGCGCCCGCAACGAGAUCUUUGCGCUGCGUCCGGCGCCCGUGCAGGUGAUGUGGCUGGGCUACCCCGGGACCAGCGGGGCGGCCUUCAUGGACUACAUCGUCACGGACCGGGUGACGUCGCCGCUGGAGUUGGCCGAGCAGUUCACGGAGAAGCUGGCGUACAUGCCGGAUACGUUCUUUGUCGGCGACCAUCGGCAGAUGUUCGCGCAUAUGACGGAACGCGUGGUGCUGGAUCAGAAGCAGGGGAAGCUGGCCGAGAAGAAGGCCGAUAAUGUCAGCGUGGUCAACGCGACGAAUCUCAAGCCGCUGCUGGAGAAGGGCGAAGUGAAGGAGCUGGAGAUUGUCGUGCCGGCGAAGGAUAAGCACGACAUCGUCAAGACCCCGGUGCUGGAGCUGGCCACGACGACGGCCGUGCACCAGAUGGUCAGCACCGGCCAGUCGCACACCUCGGUGGGCGGGGUGCUGAUCCAGAACGGCCUGAUCACGCAGCAGACCAACAAUAAGGCCGCCAGCGGCGAAGUCGUCCCCGAAACGCCCAUUAUCACCACGCGCGCCCAGUACGGUCUGCCGGAGGACGCCGUCAUCUACUGCAAUUUCAAUCAACUGUACAAAAUCGACCCGGAGAUCUUCCGGAUCUGGUGCAAUAUUUUGAAGCGGGUGCCUAACAGUGUCCUGUGGCUGUUGCGCUUCCCGGCCGUGGGCGAAGUGAAUCUCCAGCAGCGGGCGGCCGCGAUGGGCGUGGCCCCGCAGCGCGUCAUCUUCUCCAACGUGGCGCCCAAGGAAGAACACGUCCGCCGCGGACAGCUGUCCGACGUGUGCCUGGAUACGCCGCUGUGUAAUGGCCACACCACCGGGAUGGAUGUGCUGUGGGCCGGCACACCCAUGAUCACCUAUCCAAAAGAGACACUGGCGUCGCGCGUCGCCUCAUCGCAGCUGGCCGCGCUGGGCAUGCCGGAGCUGAUUGCCUCAUCCCUGGAUGAAUACGAGGAGAUAGCCGUCAGACUGGGCAACGAUUCAAAUUAUUUGAAAGCCGUACGAGCGCAGGUGUUCCGUGCGCGUCUGACCAGUCCCCUGUUCAACACGCGGCUGUACACGCGCAACCUGGAGGAUCUCUACUUCCGCAUGUGGGAGCGCAUCCAGCGCGGCCAGCCCCCCGAACACCUCAUCGACUCCCCGCCCGGCGCCGUCGAGAAGAGCAAACACAGCGGCGUCACACCGCCCGCCCGCAGCCGCUAGCCAACCGGAAAACCCCGGAAAUUUUGCUUUGUUUGUAUGCCGCGCUGGGCGUCCUGUUUUGGUCUUACUUUCGUAAUGUUUUUUAGUUUUUUUUCUUUUAUGAGCGCCUCUCUUUCAAAUUCUCUUUCUUCUCUCCCUUCUCUCUCUUUGCUUGUUCGGCAGUUUUUGGUUAAUGUACGAGAGCAAAGUGGCGGAUUAAUGUGUGUUGCGAUGACGUCAUAGGAUGUUAUUUGUGCGGAUGGGAAAUAUUACGGAUAUGUCUGUGUGAAUUUUAGCUUUGUUAUGUUUUUUGUGUUAUUUUUAGCGCCAGUGCGCGCCGCGGCCUCACGUUUGGUUGGCAUGCGAAUUGUGCAUGUAAAAGAAUUCUGCGGAAAAUUGGUUAUUAUUAUUUCAGGAGAGAAAUUCGGCAUUAAAAUAAGUCGAAGAAAA